AUUGGACGUGCUAAGAAAGUUUAUGAAAGUACAAAAAUCCCGGAAGCUUUUUUGAGAUUCAGGGUGGUCUUCAGAAGCAAUGUAUUACGAAAGAUUCUCUUUGAUCAAAGCUUUGAAACAAAAGUGAUUUUGGGCGAAUUAGAAUGGGUCUCUUUUUUUGGAGGCGAGAAUCAAAAGCAAGGACUCGGAUACAACGAGUUCCGAUUCGUUAGAAAUACGAAGUGUCAAACGAGGUCUGGCCAGCAAAAAUCACGUGUUGAUCAGAACGUCUCGGCUGAGAUUUUCUUCAAAUCCGAACGAAAGAAGACUGCCAUUCCAACAAAAAACAGAUACGGAGUAGAUGCCGCUAUUCCCAUUGCGCUAGUCAGUACUGAGUAA